AAGGAAGCGAUGCCAAAAAAUCGAGAUGAAGAAUAUCUUCUGCGGCUGGCUUUUGUUUAGUUAGUUUCCACAGCUAUCUCUUUGUUUCCCCUGCCUUAUCUUUCUCUGUGUUCCUUGCUUGGUGUGUGUGUAUAAAAGAAACCCUAGCCGGUUCACCAUGGCCACCACCCUAAACACGGCUUUUCGCUUCGUCUUCUCGGCCAUUUCUUACGGUUUAUUCUUUCGCUAUCCAAGCGCCCACAAAGACAUCCACCACCAUCCCCACCACCACCACCACCACCAUCACCAACACCACCUCAAGUACACGAUGCCUAAGGGAAAGCCUCUCUCUUUGCAGACUGUGGAUCUCAAAGUCAGGAUGUGUUGCACUGGCUGCGAGAGAGUCGUCAAGAACGCCAUUUACAAGCUUCGAGGGGUCGAUUCGGUGGAAGUGGACUUGGAGAUGGAAAAGGUGACUGUCGUCGGAUACGUCGACCGGAACAAAGUGCUGAAGGCGGUGAGGAGGGCGGGGAAAAGGGCCGAGUUUUGGCCCUACCCCAAUCCGCCGCUCUACUUCACCUCCACCGAGGACUACUUCAGGGACACGACCAAAGAGUUCAAAGAGAGCUACAACUACUACCGCCACGGCUACAACAUCGGCGACCGGCACGGCAACAUCCCGGUGACUCACCGCGGGGACGACAAAGUCAGCAACAUGUUCAAUGACGACAACGUCAACGCCUGUUGCCUCAUGUAGAUAAUAUAAGAAAAAAAAACAAGAAAAAGGAAUCUAAAAGAACAUGUAAUGACAUGUGAAGAGGGUCUAGAUAAGGGAUGUGUUCCACUGUGUGAUGGUGUUUGUAAAGAGGAAGUGUCAUGUGUGAUAUGAGCCUUGGACUAUGUCAAUUUGCCAGCGUCAAGGGCUUGAAUUUCUUAGCUUUAAGUGUGGUUCUACAGGAAUAUAUUCAAAUGGAAUAGUUCCCAAGCUCA